AUGUCAACAAAUACUGAUUCAUCUGCUUUAUCAACAAGACAUGCGGAAGUAAACAGUAGCACUCCUCAACUUCAUCAACAAGCUAGUGAUGAUGAAGAAAAAUGCCUUUUAACGCCAACUUCCUUGGCAGGCGAAUGUUGUGCUUCUUUCUCUCAGAGUGAUACAGAUUUACUUCAAAGACAAACAGAAACAAUUGAAAGAGAAAGAAAUCAACAAAAUUCUUCAAAUAAAAAUAAUUUUUUAGAAGUCUCUUCCCCGCCAGAUAUUGAAAAUGAAUAUUCUUCUCCUUCCCCUCAACAACAAUAUUUCCUUUCAACUGCUUUAAUUUAUUCUGAACCAGCUUUACCUAGCGCGCAUUUAAAUGAUAUUGCUGGACAACAAACAAAUAUGUCUAAUUAUCAUUGGGCAUAUUCUGAUUUAACUCUUUCUCAGAGCUGUGCUACAGAUACAAUAGAUGCAUCUAUCAUUUCAAGUCAACAGCAACCCCAAGAUAAUUCAAAUAUAAAUAGCGCCCGUAGUGACAAAGCUUCUAGAGCCAAUACCCCAAAAUCCUCUUCCUGCCUUUUUUCAUCAGAAAGUCAGCCAUCCAUAAGUACAUCAAUUAGUUAUUUACCACACAAACAAUCAUUUUCAAUUGGAGAAAUACGGGAUACACAUUUACAAAUACAAAAACGUUAUAGACCCUCGAAGAAAAGACAUUAUACAGAUCCUGUUGAUUUUGAAGGUAUUCUUAAUAUAAUUGGAGGUUGUUCUUGGUGGCAAAUAUGGGUUUAUCUUCUAAUUAGUUUACAACAAAUUCCUCAUGCCAUGUUUAAUUUAUCCGUAGUUUAUAUGAUGUAUCAGCCAGAUCAUUGGUGUAAAGUGCCAGGUGUCAAUUCCUCCUUUCCCUCACCCCAUCCUUCGUCAACUCAAUUCUCUUCUAAGUCGCCUUACCACUCUACAACUACCUCCUCUCCAAAAACAACAACACAAAGUCCUUAUCUUUGGGAUUUAUCAGAUGCAUUACAGGGAUCUGUAGUUUAUCCAAGAACGAGAAAUAAACAGCGAGACACACUUAACUUCCAUUCACAAUGCCAUUUUUAUGAUAGGGGAGAAGAAAGAUAUGACCAACUCAGACGAGUGCCUUUGGAUGAAGCCCAAAAAAUUGUUAACGAAAGUGGUGAAAGUCCGGAUAUAGUAAAAUGUCAGGAAUGGUAUUAUGAUCAAGAUGUUUUACGUUCAACAAUUGUAACAGAAUGGAAUUUAGUUUGUGAUGAUAAUUUUAAAAGAGCACACGCUCAUUUAUUUUAUUCUUUUGGAUUUUUAUUUGGUUGUUUAUUAGGAGGUUUUGCUUCGGAUAGAUUUGGGAGGAAACCAACAGUUAUUGGUUUUGGUAUUCUUUCUUCUUUAUUUGGCCUUUUACUUCCUUAUUCAACAUAUUUUCCUAUGUUUUUAUUUAUUCGAUUUUGUGGAGCUGUUUGUAAUGAAGCUGCCGAUUUGGCUGCUUAUGUUCUUUGUAUGGAAAUUACUGGGACUAGAUAUCGUGCAAUGGUUGGUAGUCUUUUACAAGCUCCAUGGGCUGUUGGCUAUGCUACGCUGGCUUUGAUUGCUUAUUUUUGUAAAAGUUGGCAAAAUAUACAAGUAUUUAAUAAAUAG